UAAAGCAUGUGACAUCUCGGCUGUGUGCUCCAAGUGUGGCGGAUCCGAUAGAACAACGCCGACAUAACAAGUCGCCUCAUCUCCGCGCAACUUGCGCAGCAAGAAGAAGUUUCUCUUCGCAGACAUCCGAUCUCUUGGCAGGGGCCAGCACAAAGUCAAUAGACGAUCGGUCUGACCUUCCCAGUACACGGCCGCUUGUUUCGGCUUCAAGACUUUUUUUUCUCUCUUCCUCUUCUUCUUCUUUGAGUCAAGAGCUGUAAGUAAGCCGUGAGAUGACCCUGUCUGGAGGCAGCGAAAGGGCCAGCGACAUGUCCGGCCAGACGGUGCUCACAGCAGAGGACGUGGACAUCGACGUGGUAGGCGAGGGGGACGAUGAGUGCAUGGAGCGGGACAGCGACUUGAGCGACAGUCCCGGGGGAAGCAUCCUGCACGAGCUACGCGAUGACGACGAUGACGAUGACAUCGAGGUGGACAAAGAGGAGAUGAGAUCCGGCGGCGAGAGCUCCGGGGAGGGGGAGCCCGGCCCCGGUAAGGGAGACGAGCAGAGCGCCUGCACGCCGGGAGGUCCCGCACUCCAAAAGCCCAAAAGCAGUCUGGUGAAGCCGCCCUAUUCCUACAUCGCGCUCAUCACUAUGGCCAUCCUGCAGAGCCCACAGAAAAAGCUCACCCUGAGCGGCAUCUGCGAGUUCAUCAGCAACCGCUUCCCCUACUACCGCGAGAAGUUCCCGGCGUGGCAAAACUCCAUCCGCCACAACCUGUCGCUCAACGACUGCUUCGUCAAGAUCCCCCGGGAGCCUGGCAACCCCGGGAAGGGGAACUACUGGACCCUGGAUCCGGCCUCGGAGGACAUGUUUGACAACGGCAGCUUUCUCAGGAGGAGGAAAAGGUUCAAAAGAGUUCAACCGGACGUGCUCAGGGACCAGACUGCUCUGAUGAUGCAAAGUUUCGGGGCCUACGGUCUCGGUGGCCCCUACGGACGGCACUACGGCAUCCACCCGGCCGCGUACUCCCACCCGGCGGCUUUGCAAUACCCGUACAUCCCCCCCGUGGGACCGAUGCUGCCCCCGGGGGUUCCUCUGCUGCCCUCGGCAGAGUUGAACCGCAAAGCCUUCAACGCCCAGCUCAGCCCGGGCCUGCAACUUCAGCUCAACAGUCUGAGCACGGCUUCCAUGAUCAAGUCGGAACCGUCCAACCGCCCCUCCUUCAGCAUAGACAACAUUAUCGGGGUGUCGAGCUCGUCGUCGUCAUCGUCGUCGUCCACAGCGGGCUCGGCUCAGGCCUUCCUGCGGCCUCCAGCGACCGUGCAGUCGGCCCUGCUGAGCGCUCAGUCCCUCUCGCUCAGCCGGACCUCCGCCGCCAUCGCCCCCAUCCUCAGUGUACCUUCCACUAUUCUUUCGGGGCACGUUUUACCUUCGGCCACGGCGGCCGCGGUGUCCAAAUGGCCCUCACAGUGACUUUUAGCCGAAAUAUAACAAAACAUAUUUUUAUAUUGAGACACUAAUGCAGGGGAUGCGUGGUAGGUAGCACUGGACUUGAUGUAACUAUAUGUAUAAACUGUUCACAUACAGAGGAAAAAAGAAAAAGGAAAUAUUUCUGUACAGGUAAUAUUUGUAAAUAUUUUUUUUAAUGAAUGAUUUUACUUUUUUGUCUUUUUCUGUUAUAUUAACAUUAGAGAUCUGUGAUCGUUAGUUUACAUUUGUUUUUUCUACUCGAGGCAACAUGUGGACAAUUUUGACCUCCCUUUCGUGGGAGGCACAAAAAGCUCUGAAAUAAUCUGUUUAUUAUAUAAAAAAAAAUCCAAUCUAUGUAAUUCUGCGUAGCUAU